CCGACCCGGGACUUCGUGGUGGGCGCGCUCAUCCUGCGCUCCAUCGGCAUGGACCCGAGCGACAUCUACGCGGUCAUCCAGAUCCCGGGCAGCCGCGAGUUCGACGUGAGCUUCCGCUCGGCCGAGAAGCUGGCCCUCUUCCUGCGCGUCUACGAGGAGAAGCGCGAGCAGGAGGACUGCUGGGAGAACUUCGUGGUGCUGGGGCGGAGCAAGUCCAGCCUGAAGACGCUCUUCAUCCUCUUCCGGAACGAGACGGUGGACGUGGAGGACAUUGUGACCUGGCUCAAGCGCCACUGCGACGUGCUGGCCGUGCCGGUGAAAGUGACCGACAGGUUUGGGAUCUGGACCGGGGAGUACAAGUGCGAGAUCGAGCUGCGCCAGGGGGAGGGCGGGGUCCGGCACCUGCCGGGGGCCUUCUUCCUGGGGGCCGAGAGGGGCUACAGCUGGUACAAGGGGCAGCCCAAGACGUGCUUUAAGUGUGGUUCCCGGACCCAUAUGAGCGGCAGCUGCACGCAGGACCGGUGCUUCAGGUGCGGGGAGGAAGGGCACCUGAGCCCCUACUGCCGCAAGGGUAUCGUGUGCAACCUCUGUGGCAAGCGGGGACACGCCUUUGCCCAGUGCCCCAAAGCCGUUCACAAUUCCGUGGCAGCUCAGCUAACCGGCGUGGCCGGCCACUGAACACCCGCCCGCCUGCCAGGGUAAACACACAGCCAGCUUACCCCUCUUAAGUGCCAAAACUUUUUUUUAAACCCUUUUUUAUCGUUUUUGAAGGAGAUCUUUUUAAAAACCGACGAGAGACAUCUCUCGAUGCCUUCCUAAGCCGAGUUUCCUCCAUUUCCGCCUGUUGGGAGUCGGUGACUCCGUCAUCAGAACCGAUUAUCAAGAACUGUAGCGUGCCGACGUGCCACCCCUCCCCUCCCUUUUUUUUUUUUUUUUUUUUAAUUUUCGUUUUUGUACUGGGUUGUUGUUUUUUUCCCCCUUGUACUUUUGACCACCCCUUCCCCUACCUUGUGUUCUCCCUGGAUUUUUACCCUCUGGGCUGCCCUGCUCAUCUAGCCCUGGCCCUGGGUUCCAGGCAACACGUGGCAGGCACUCCCUCAGUAUGUGUUGACUGUGGCUUCUGUCAGAGUGUCUACCUUUUGCAGCCCUCCCCCUCCCCCUUUUAAUUUGCUGCUUCUAAUCUCUGUGGUCUUUGAAUUUGUGAAACCAGUGUUGUUAGAAGUGUAUAUAAUUUGAGUCAAUAAGCUCUGAAUGGUGGCCAAGGGCCUCUCUUGUGGCAUAGACAUGCAUGGACCUUGUGACAGCGCUUUUGGUGGCUCAGAAGCCACUUUUCAUAGAAUCAUGGAAUCUAGAAUGUUCCUGCCGGAAGGGACCCAGGAGUGGGUGUAAACUAACCCUGUGGUUUUCCAGCAGAUGAAACAGGCCCGGGUUAAAAUGCCCGGGUCAAGAUCACACUGCUGUCUGGUGCCAGAGCUAGCCUAUGGGAGAGUUCCCUGACCCCACGCCCGGUGCUCAUUCCACUACCUCUCACACUUCACAACAAUUUCCUCAACACUUGAGGGCCAGGAAGUCUGAUCUCUCCAGAAUGAUGAACCCAGCGGAUUGCUGAGGAAUCAUCUGGGGGAGCAGAAAAGACGGUUUAGCAGGGGCUUCUGAAUACUUGGAAGAUAGGGAAGGGACCAUGAACAAACUCUGGGGUGCACUCGGUACUCCCUGGGGUACCACAUCCGGAUUCAGGUGUGUCGGGUCCCUUGGAGGCCUUACCCUUCCAUUUACCGCCAUCUGUGAGAAACGGGAGUACCCCUGAGUAAAGAAACCUACCAAAGGUUUACAUUUGCACCUUAGCCUCAGUAGCUAGGAACUUAGAGAAGCAGCUAGCUGGAGCUCUUCUGCAGCCUCCUGACUCACAGGAGGAAGGUGGUUUUAACCAGGAAUUAUGAGUGAGUUAAUUCUAAAAUGUGCUUGGGAAACAGGCCAAGCGAGAGGUUAUGGGUCAACUAAGUGUUAUCAAGUUAAAGUAGAAAAGACAGUCACUGCUUUUGUCUUUCCUUUGCUAUACGUUUUGCUAUUUCCUUGUGGUUUAGAAUGUAAAACAAUUGUUAAAAGUUUUGUUCUGAAUAAAUAUUUAUCUUUUGUAUUGCUAA